CCAUCUCAAAAAAAAAAAUGCCUCAUUUGGUUGUGUUUUUUCAAAGUGUAAGCCACAGGUCUAAGCCCAACACUGCCAAGUGUUCAGUCUGUCAGAAUUCUACUGUCACUGUUUCCUUAUUGCGGGAUCUUGCACAGGUUUACCAACCUUUCUGAGCCUCAAUUUUCUCAUAUGUAAAAGAGAAUCAUAAUACCUCCCUAAACCAUAUCACCCUUUUCAUAAGGCCAAAAAGAAAAUAUAAGUUAUUGGUCAUGACACAUUUGAGUUGGACCUCGGAUUAGAUAAAAAGAUGAAAAUACUCCAGCUCUGUCCUCAUGGAACUCAGAGACAAGCAGGAAAGAAAAUCUGACCCAAAUAACUACAGUACAAAUAACCCAUGUUAUGACAAGAUUCAGAGUGCUCAAGGAACACUUCCCAUUCCCUUAAAAAAAAAAAUUUAGGGGCUAUCCAGUAACUAAGCUGGCAACUCCAAGUGCCCUGGACCCCAGUCACCAAUCCAUCCUCUCAGUCUGUCAGCUUUCCAUCCUAAAUCUCUAAAAUUCAUCCAUAUCUUCCUAUCUUCACUGACACUAUCCAACUUAAUUAAGUCAUUCAACAAAUACUUGAGUACCUACUAUCCUAGAUGUCAGAAAUCAGUGGUGAACAAGACAGACACCUCAUGAAGCUCACAUUCUAGUUGGAGGAAAAAACCUUAACAAGGAAGCAAAAGAAAUAAAAUACUAAGAAACUAAAAGGGUGCUGGACACAGUUACUUUACAGUGGUAAAGUAGGAAGGUCUCUCUCUGUUCUUCCAGGACAGAAUAUAGCCCCAUCUUGCCUGGGCUACUGCAACAUAUUGCCUUCCCUACCUCUUUUCUUACACCUUGCAAUCUGCUUCACACAGCAGUCAAAGUGACUCUUUAAACAUGUAAAGCCUUUGUCACAUGUUCCCUGUCAAUCUAAAAUAAUUUAAAAGGUCAGAAUCUAGUUUAAAGAGAGUUUAUUCAAGCACAAAGGUUGAGGAUGGCCUGCCCAGGAAGCACAGAAUGGAAAAAUAUGUCUGUCUUAAAAAGGAUGGAAGUCAGUGUUCCAAAGUGUGAAAGUUUGGGUUCAGUGAGGUUUAACAGAAUUUCAACAUCUUUCUAUGCAAGGCUUAAUGCAUAGUUACAAUGAUCUGAGUAGUUAAGGUGGUCUUUUUCCUUCAAGAAAGGUAUAUUUAACAUCACACCCUGCAGAUGUAACUGUCAUGGGGUCAGUUCAGUUCAGGGCACCAUCUAGUCUGAGUUAGGUGCAGGACAAUAAAGGAGGCUGUCUAUUACAAACAUCAGUAAUUGAGAGGGAAGAAAUCUGGUCUCUGCUCUUUCCUAGUCAUUACAGAACAAGAACAAUGAGGAAGAGAAUUAAGCUAUAAUUCUAAGAAGCAGAACUACAAAACAUGCUACAUGGACUCAGACCACAGACACAUCUCUCUCAAAGCUUAAAGUAUUUGGGAGGUUCCAACAGCUUUUAGGUUUUAUUUAUUUUCACAUUCCAUUGCAAUCAGAAUCAGACUAAAUUGCAUUCAGCAAAAAAGUUUUUUGAAGCCGGGGGCGGUGGCUCAUGCCUGUAAUCCCAGCACUUUGGAAGGCUGAGGAAAGCAGAUCACCUGAGGUCAGGAGUUCAAGCCCAGCCUAACCAACAUGGUGAAACCCUGUCUCUACUAAAAAUUCAAAAAUUAGCCGGGCGUAGUGGGCGUCUGUAAUCCCAGCUACUGAGGAGGCUGAGGCAGGAGAAUCACUUGAACCUGGGAGGCAGAGGUUGCAGUGAGCCGAGAUCGUGCCACUGCACUCCAGCCUGGGUGACAGAGUGAGACUCCAUCUCAAAAAAAAUAAUUUUGAACACCUACAUUAGGGCACUGCUCAAUGGGAAUGAAUAGACAAUAUCUCUGCCUUAAAAGAGCUUACAUUUUAGUGAGAGGAAAUGAGAAAAUACACACCAUUUAAAAAACAAUUCAGUCGAUAAGAAGGGCAUUAGAGAAAAAGACUGGGAGGAGCGAUGGGCAAUGGUUCAGGCUGCGAUGUUUUAAACCGCUCACGUGAUCUAGCCCUUCCUAACCACCAGUCCUGUUGCCCUCCCGCCUCAGUAUAUUUCAGUCCCUUACAUGCAAUACUCUUCUCUCUUUAUUAGGCUUCUGCAGAUGUUUCCCUCUGCCUGAACCCUUUCUUCAGCUCAGCUCAAAUACCCCCUUCCUCUGAGAAAACUUCCCACAAGGCUAGAUUUCUAUUCUAGGCUUCCGCAACACCUGCCCCUCACCUUUAAACACCGCUCAUAUUCUGACUUUACAUCCCGCUUGUAUCUGUUUAUCGCUCAUAAUAUCAAGUAAGCUCCAUGCGGGCACAGCUAUGAUCUGCUUUCUUUGCUGCCGACCCUGCGCCCAGCACGGAGACUGUAGUUACUACUAGGACCUCGCCUACCCGCGGAACACACUGAGAGCCGGAAGUGUUGCCUUCGCUCCGGACGACCGGAUGGGGAACUGCGCGGCCCACCGGGCAACCGGAAGCAUAGCGUUCCUGUCCGGAAGUCCUGAGAGGGAAACGCCCGCAAAGGCUGGUUUUUAAGCGGGAGCAUCUCUUCACUCGCAGCAAGUGCGCGUGCGCUGCUUCUCUCAGCCCAAAUUGGAAACAUGGCCGUACGGUCGCUGUGGGCGGGCCGGCUGCGGGUGCAUCGCCUACUGGCCUGGAGUGCCGCGUGGGAGAGCAAGGGAUGGCCGCUUCCAUUCAGCACUGCCACCCAGAGAACUGCUGGUGAGGACUGCCGUUCUGAGGACCCUCCUGAUGAGCUUGGGCCCCCUCUUGCUGAACGAGCCUUAAGGGUAAAAGCUGUUAAACUGGAGAAAGAAGUCCAAGAUUUAACAGUGAGAUACCAGAGAGCUAUAGCUGAUUGUGAAAACAUAAGGAGGCGAACCCAGAGAUGUGUGGAAGACGCCAAGAUAUUUGGAAUCCAGAGUUUCUGUAAGGACUUGGUGGAGGUGGCUGACAUUUUGGAGAAGACUACAGAGUGCAUUUCUGAAGAAUCGGAGCCUGAGGACCAAAAGCUCACUCUGGAGAAAGUCUUCCGAGGGUUGUUGCUUUUAGAAGCAAAGCUGAAAAGUGUGUUUGCCAAGCAUGGCCUGGAGAAACUGACACCCAUUGGUGACAAAUAUGACCCCCAUGAGCAUGAACUCAUCUGUCAUGUGCCAGCUGGUGUUGGGGUGCAGCCUGGCACUGUGGCAUUAGUAAGACAAGAUGGCUACAAACUUCAUGGCCGCACCAUUAGGCUUGCCCGAGUGGAAGUGGCAGUGGAGUCUCAGAGAAGACUGUGAAGAGGCCAUCAGGAACUGGAUGUUCUCCCAGAGCGCAGUCACCUAUGUUUCUUUUAUUUAUUAAACUAGGUUUGUAUUGUACAUGAGGUACUUCAUGUGAUAGGUUUUGGAUUUAGUCAUAUUGGCUUUAUUUCUAAGAUAUUCUAUUGAUUUAAUGUGACCUGUUUGGUCUCAUCAGAAGUCUUACCAUUGGGCAUUUGAACAGUGUGACAGGUGUUCCAAUGGCCUUUAUCAAAACAUGUUUAGGAAAAUUGGUACUGUGAUAAAUUUGAAUCCAAAAUCCUUUUAACUAUGGGUUUUCAACUACAUGUUUCUUCCUAGCGGUCUCUAUAACAGGAAUUGUGUAGUAUCUUGUAUUUUGUGGAAAAAGGAGAUGGUAGGGAUUGGUUCAACAUUGGGGUACUUACAGGAUAAAGCUUCGUGGUCGUAUAAAUUUAGAUCAUUUGGACUGAUUUUUAUACACAUAGAUUUUCAGGACUUUACCUUUUGUUUUGUUUUUUUCCUUUUAGCCAUCUUUUGUUCUUGUAAUCCCAACUAGAUAGGCUUUAUGCUCACAUCAUUGUCCCAUACCCACCCCUUUCUCAGCCCAUUUGCAGGGGCUAAAGGUCUAGAUGAGACUUGGAAGGCAAGGAGCAUCGAAAUUUGAGAUACCCAGGACCCUUUCAAGCAAGAAUGGCCAAAAAGCCUUGUGCUGUCUUUGCUCUUCAAAUUAUUUUCAGCCUCCUUGUCAUAUAAUCAUUUCAGGCAAACUGAGGCAGCACUAACAGCUAAUGACCCAGAUGGCUCUAUUUGGGUAAUUUACCUACAACUUAUUCCACCAGCCUUUACUCCUCUGCCCUUUUGUCAAUUUUACCUUAUAAUCCUUUAUUAAAUGAUGGGAGGUGGUGAUCAGGACAAAAGUGUUAGGUUCCCAUGAUUUCUCAUUUCAUUUAUUAAUGGUUAAUGCUGAAUUUUUUUUUAAGUUUCCUCUGGCUCUAUUUAUGUUAUUUUUUGCGAUAAGAACACUUAACAUAAGUAUUCUCUCCUCUUGGCAAUUUUUUUUUUUUUCCUGUGUUGCCCAGGCUGACCUCCAACUCCUGGGCCCAAGCAAUCCUGCCUCAGCCUGCCAAGUAGCUAGGACUACAGGCGUUCACCACUGCGCCCGCAAAGUUUUUUUGUUGUUUUUUUUUUUAAGUUGGUAUUCACAAAUCACUACCUCUGUUAUAUUGACAAGCUCUAUUUCCUAUUCUUUGUAUCUGUUAAGUCACAUUUGUGUAAACAUUGAGCUCACCUUUUAUAUAUUAACCUCUAGAAUUAAUGGGCCUAUGUGGUUUUUUUUCAGUCUUAUAGCUGGUGUUCUGUAAAAGAUUUGUCCAAUAAACGACUUAAUGAAUGAUACAUCAGUCAGAUUUUAGGAAGGCAGUCAAUUAUGGAUAUUUUAAUGUUGGAAGAGGCCUUAAUGAUCAAAUCUCACCCUUUCUGCUUCUGAAGUAUGAAAAUCUAGUCUUUUUAGGACUGGACACAAGGAAAAUAAUCUCUAAACUAUUGACUAAAUUCCAGUGAGAGUAUGAAUGAAGAACAACUAGAUAUUAAUGUCAAUCAUUUAAGAUUAAUGGGCAUGCAAUUAAGUCUCCAUUUAAGAUUAAUGGGCAUGCAAUGAAGUCUCCAGCAGACAAUCAGAUGUUGUUGGAUGUCUAGAUUAUAUAGGUUUAGGUUGAAGUUAUAAAAUAAAAUAAAAUUCAUUUUCCACUGGAACUCUAUGACAUUCAGUGGAGUGGUGGAAAGUUAACCUCUUAUACAUUAUAGAUAAUUCUAAGACAGCACACAAACUUAUCAAUAAAGCCAUCUCCUUGUGGGCCUUACCAUCUUCAUCAGAUUUAGACCCUUAAAAAACAAGUAAAUAUGCACUUUUAAAAUGCAAUCAAAAGACUGGUGGUUAAGCUUGUAAAACCAGAACAUCUUUUGGCAUUCCACUAAGUAUAUAUUGUAAAUUUAAUGAACAAUCAAGGUUCACAAUAGGAAGUUGUCUUUUUUUGCCUUCCAUUCUGUGAGAUUUGACAGAUGGUGACAAUAAGAAAAUGAGCUGAUUGUAAUUACUCUCUGUGUGUUUUUUUAUUGCUAGCUAUCAUUACCAGUUAGAAUUAACAAUAAUUUUAGGUAUGGAAUGUUAUGAUUACCUAAAGAGAUGUCUCUACCUAAUGAGCUCAAGUGAUCCUCCCACCUCAGCCUACCAAGUAGCCAGGACCACAGGCAAGUACACCACCAUGACUGGCUAGUUUUGUUUUUUGUUUUUUGGUUUUUUUUUUUUUUGGUUGGUUGGUUGUUUUUUACAGGCGGGGUCUCACUAUAUUGUCCAGGCUAGAAGAAUUUUCUAAUGGUCUAUUACACCUCCCAUUUUGGCAAGUAAAUUCAGAAUAAUUUUAGGUUCUUUUGUUAUUCAGUAGUUUUGCAGACUUAAAAGUGUAAAUUUAGAAUUAGAAGAUGAAGCUAUAGUAGUAAGAAUCUCAAGUUGAAGGGCUUUGGGGAGCCAAAGCAGCAUAUUAGAGCAUAGGCUUGAACUUAAAUCUCAGCUCAGUCACCUGCAGGACUUUAGGCACCAGUGAUUUCACCCUUCUGAGCCUGUUUCUUUAUUCGUAAAAUGAUUAUAAUAAUUCUUUCACAGCGUUGUGAGGAUUAAGUGAAAUGUGUUAAAUGCCUACUACAGUAGGUGCUCAGAUAUUUAUUUUUAUUUUUUUAUUAUGCACAUUGUUUUUCCUGCCUUUUUAUGGCUGUCUAAAGUCUAGAGAAAAGGGAAGACUGGUUAAUGAUGAGUAGAAAAAACUUGUAAGCUAAUCAUUCACUGACUUAUUUUCCUUCCAUUUUCUGGUUUUUAAAAUUAGCCACACCACAGGAAACCCACAUUUUUAGAUGGAAAGAGCAAGAAAAUUGUGUCAGUGCUCUUAGUUAUUUUCAUCUUAAUGGUAUAGUGAAAAGACAUUGACUUGAGAUGAUACUAAGGAAGCUUUGGCUCACUCUCACUUGAAGAGGGGAUCUUGGUGUUUUAGUACUUGGAUUGUACAAAUGUUUUACUGACUUUUCUUACUGCUGUAAAGGAAUCAGGCAGUUGGGUAUUGAUAUGUUAUUUGGUGCUCUCAUUCAUGGCAAAGGAUUUGAUAAAUAAAAGUUAUUUAAACACUAAAGCAAAAUCAAAUGAGCAAAACUAAGGAUGAAAUGUAAUAUUCAUCAGAACAAGGAUCACUGAGAAAAAAUAUUCAGAAACAACUUUAAUAAAACCUGAAUUGAAAUAACUGCA